UAGAAAGUGCUAUUCCAUCAUUUCCAUGAACUGCAACAGGAUGAAGACAGAAGCUGCACAUAGAUAGCUGCCAUUCACUUUUUUCUUCACGCACAUCUUCUUUCGAAAAACAGAUUAUGAUACGGCUGCUUGCCGUUGCCACCAGUGAAUAGAGAACAGAGCAGUAGCUGUCCAAGAAAUUAUGGGCGGUUCAUCUUCCGCGAAGGGCCGCGGAAAGUCCUCAGGCGGAAACAAACACAAUGGAAAAAGCGGCAAAGGCAAGGGUAAAAAGGGCGGGAAAAAUAAGGGCGCCUCAAAUAACAAACUCUCCAGCAACGCCCGGGAACUUGCGGAGAUAAAAGCGCUCGAGGACCGCGUGGUCAUUGAAGCGCCAAGGAAGGGCCAAAUCUACGCGGACGAAGUUCAACUACCGGACGCGUCUGAUAGUACAUCAAAUGCAGUAGUAGAUCAGAGCAAAGUAGAGGCGCAAAAUAAAGCCUCCAGCAGCUCCAGCGGUCCCCUCCUGACGAAGAAAUUUUUCUCGGAUUUGCCCAUCAGCCGGAAGACGAAUUCGGGCUUGAAGGAUAAUAAAUUUCUGCAAAUGACGCCCAUUCAAAGAGCGGCGAUUCCGCACGCGUUGGCGGGGAGGGAUAUUAUGGGUGAGGCGAAAACCGGGAGCGGAAAGACCCUGGCGUUUUUGAUUCCGGUUUUGGAGAAGCUGUACCGGGAAAGAUGGUAUAACAUAUUGGUUCUUUUGCAUCACAGAUUUUCGAAUAUGCCGCAAAGCGGUCCCACUUCUUCUUUUUGCCCAGGAAGAUAAAUGGAAAUAAUCUUCGGAUGAUGAUCUGCGCAUGAACAAAACUGCGUCUGCUCAAGGUCAAGCAUGUGCCACAGCAUGAGAAGGUGCACCUAGUAGACAUCAUCUAAUAUCAUCUUACAACCCAACUUCUCAGGUCAUCCCUCGACGGUCUCGGCGCGCUAAUCAUUUCCCCCACGAAGGAACUGGCGUACCAGAUUUUCCAAGUGCUGAAACAAAUCGGCAAGCACCACGAUUUUUCUGCCGGCUGCCUGGUCGGUGGUCGGGACUUCGAAUCCGAGCAGAAGGGGAUUACCAAGAUGAAUUUGAUAGUCGCCACUCCCGGGCGGUUAUUGCAGCACUUGGAGGAAACCAGCUUGUUUCAAACGGACAAUCUCCAAAUUCUAGUCCUGGACGAAGCGGACAGGAUUUUGGACUUGGGCUUCAAGGACGUCAUGAACAACAUUCUAGAGCAGCUCGGGUCGGCCAAUUCCCGCCAAACGUUGCUGUUUUCCGCGACGCUGAGGCCGAACAUUCACCAGCUGGCAAAUUGCGCCCUGUCCAGUGAGAAACAGGUGUUGGCAUUGAACGGCGGCGGGAACAGAACAACUGGUGGAACCCCAGGAGCAUACUCUGCGGCAACGGGGGAUACUAGUUUGUUGACCCAAGAUCAACAAAUGGAGAAAAACCGCCUGCAACAGCACUACACAAUUCUCCCUUUGAAUGAGAAAAUUACGAUGCUGUUCGCCUUUCUCCGUGCCCACUCGUAUCAACUGUAAAAAUGUCUGGGUCUGGAAACUUGUAAUGCUAAAGUGUGCAAGAGGAAAACACUUCCUUAUGCAGAAAAGCAUGACAAGUUUGCAGAACGCUUUCCCAUCCGAAGUCCGCAUGAGAAACUGCGUUCUUGUAUGACAUGAGAGGCUACCACUUUUGUUGGUCACGCAAUACAGAUUUCACAGGAAUGCAAGACCAGCAUGACAAGUCGCAUUCUGCCAGACCCAGACAUUUUUGCAAUCCAUAACUCGCAGAAGAAAACCAUUGUGUUUUUCAGCAGCUGCAAGCAGGUCCGGUUUUUCUACGAGACUUUCAAACGGUAUGGAAGCGUCCGGUUUGAAAUCGUCAAAGUUGAAAUAAUUUGUAAUGCAUAAAAUGCAGCAUGACCCGAGGCACGUGUGUUGCAGAGCAUGCAAGUGAGGCCGAUUGUAAGCCUGUUUGGGGUUACAGCUCGAGCUGCUGAAGUAGCAUGAGAAAAUCGCUCCUCUUUGCCUAAACAGCAUGACAGAGUGGAUUUAGGGACCACCGAAAUUUGUCUUGCGCCACUUAGAAACUGGGUUCCAACUGGCAUCCAUUUUAUGCAUCGCAAAUUAUUUCAACUUUGUCGAUUUCAACUCUGACACAUCCAUAAACGGCUGAAGCCCGGCCCGGCGCUGUUCGAGUUCCACGGGAAGAUGUCGUUAACGAAACGCUUGCUGAUUUUCAACAGCUACCUCGAAAAGGAGCGCGCGGCCUGCUUGCUCUCGACCGACGUGGCCAGUCGGGGGGUCGAUUUCCCGGAAGUGGACUGGGUGGUGCAGGUGGACUGCCUAUCGAAUGCAAAUAUGUCUGGGUCUGGACACUUGGAACUUGUGAUGCUAACUUUGGACUAGAAAAAUCUGUAUUGCAUGAUCAGCAAGUAGAGCAGGAGUCUAGUUUGUGCUACGCUGGAAGGCCAUGCGGAAUAGGCAUCAAAAAGCACUCAGAAAAUGAAAAUCUGUGAUGCUACGGAAUACAUCACAGACGUCACGGGACAUGUAAAAUCUGCAUCACAAGUUGCAACUUUCCAGACCCAGACAUAUUUGCAUUUGAUACUGUCCGGACUCGGUCGACACCUACGUGCACCGAGUGGGGAGAACGGCGCGGUUUCAGAAUUUCGGGAACAGUCUGCUGAUGCUGUUGCCGACCGAGAAAAACGGGUUUCUGAAAAAGUUGGUGAACCGGAAAAUCGUAGAUACUUGCGAGGGGUACGACGAGUGUAGCAGGAGUACAACUGGUCAUGAUAGUCAAACGUCGAUCGGUGCACGCAGGAAGCAAGAUCGUCUUUCCGACGAUUCUGAGGGAGGAGACGACGAAGCAAGAACACCAGCAGAAAAUGUUAAGCGAAAGAACCAACAUCAACAUCAAGCAGUAUUGAAACAGGUGAAGAUGAAGCAAUCCAAGCAGAUCGCUAUCCUCCCGCAGAUCCGCAGCAUGCUGUCGCAGCUGCCGAACGUGAACCACUUGGCGAAAAAAGCGUUUCAGAGCUACUGCAAGUCCUACUACCUCCAGCCCGACAAGGAAGUUUUUGUGGAAAAUCUCGAGGAGCUGCCCUUGAACGAAUUUAGCCAGAGUCUCGGGCUGGGCGUCACACCGGAACUGGACUUCGAGAAAAUGGUGAGCAGGGAGGGAAAGAACAAUGAUAAUACUAAAGACGAUAGUGGAAGAACAACUACCUCAAGGAACAAAACCUCCAAAACUAAAACAACAUCUUCCAAGAAAAAAAGUAAGAGCGACGGCGCAGAAGCUAUACAAGAACCCGAAGAUCAGGAAGCAGAAGAACUCCUCGACGCCCCAACUUUCGAGGAGGUGACGCGGAAUUCCCGGGCUAAAAAAUUGAAGAACCGGGACAAGGUGCUGGAGCUGCUCGAAAGCAUGAAGAAAGGACAGGAUCCGGCAGACGGAGCAGAAGACGUGUCGUCCAAGGCGGCGAAACAGGGCAAAUUUGCCAAACGCGUGGAAAAACGACAGUUGCUAAAUCAGAAGGAACUGGAAUUGGCAGAACAAAACAUCGGUGGAAUUGCUGACGAUAAUCCAGACGACGCUGUUCUAGUGAAAAAGAAGAAAAUGAGCACCAAGACGAGAAUGACAGCUGCGGAGCAGGAGGAAAAAAUGAAUAACCACAGCGACAGCGAUGACAUUGCAGCGAAUGAUGAUAGUACAUCUCGCAACAGGCAGCUUCUGACCAACACGGGGCUGCGAUCGCAGAAGCUGAAAUUUGACGCCAAGGGGAAUGUGAAGGGGAAGACCAAGAACGGGUUGAAUCAGAAACACGUGUACUAUGGUGAGGAAGACGAGGAGCAAACUUUGCUGGCCCACACCGCCGCGGAAUUACGCGAUGAGGAGGAGCGAGGUGGAAACGUUGUUGAAGAAGAAGUUGGUGUUGAACUAGACGACAGUCAUCUUCCUGCAAGCGGAGAGUUGUCGUCGUGCAAGACAAAUUCAAACCCCGAUGCGGCUACUUCUACAUCUUCCCAGAAUCAGAGACUGAUUGACCGCCAGGCCUAUUUGAAGAAGCUGCAAUCCCGGAUGGCCCUCACCUCCGAUUUUGACAAAAAGCAGGAUCAGCAGAAGAGGCGAGAACGGUUUUUGAAGAAGAAGUUGAUCCAGAAAAGGGCCUUAGAAGAACGCGAGUACGGGGUAAGUAGCGGCUCUGAAGAUGGCGGCGGUCGUGGGGGAGAACUGCAGGUCCGAUUAGGCGGCGCUAGCGACAGCGAAGGUGGAGGAAGCGAGGUGGGCGGUGGCGAGAACGGGGGUCGAAGUGAUGGGGAGAACGGCGAGGAACUACAUGGUCUUCAGCAUGGGUCGCAUCACCAGGCAGCAGCUGCCAGUACUACAUCUAGAAGCAAACCGGCGAAGAAGAGAAAAAUGAAUGGCGAACCAGAUGAGCACAGUUGCAGGCGAGGAAAAGCGGCGAUAAAGCCAGCAAACCAAACUUUGGAAGAGCUCGAGGCAGAAGCGAUUCGAAGAUUGCUAGAGGAAUAGAGUUUUUUUCUACGACUGGGCCUACCCCCAACAAGGACUGAUGCUCAUCUUCUUCUUCGUGGAUGCAACUUUUAUUUCUUGACAGAGUAUACUUAGUUAAAAAUGCAACGAACCAACGAUUGUCAAAGCUUUUCAGCAUGCUGGGGUUUAUUGACUCUACUGCCGGAGCAGCGGUAUAUUGGGUCUACAGUAGAAUUUGCAGGCAUGUUCUUCUACUCAUCUCAUUGAGGGCGCUCUCUGUAGUGCCCCGAGC